AUGCCCCCCUCUCCCUUCUAUCUCUCUCUGAGCUACCCGAAUGAAUCCCAUCGAGAUAUUCGAUCCGUGUACAGUACUAGUAAACUCAAUCAGUCCACCGCUGCCACCGGAAACUGCCUAUUCAACUUCGCUCUCGGCCUCUCCGUGCUCCCGGGCUUCGCGGACAUCAAAUGGAAACUGUUCAUCGUCUUCGGCGUGCUGUGUGUAGGAGCCGCUUUGCAAGUCUUCUUCACAUACCCCGAAACCUGCAACAAGACCCUGGAAGAAGUGGAAGAGAUGUUUGGCAAGGAUGGCCCGAAGCCGUGGCAUACUAAGCCGGGAGAGUCCAAAUUGGAUGGCUUGAUUGAGGAGGCUCGUGAGAAGAACCUGCAUGCUAAGGAUGUCGGAUUGAAGACGGAGCUUCAGAGUAUCGAGACGGUUGAGAAGGGGCAGUAA